UAUGUUGGGAAAUUUGGGUGUAUAAAUAUGCAGAACAACUACUAGCCAGUUGCCUGCAUAAGAUCUCAAUUAGACCUACAUCAUUUAAAAGCAUGUAGGAUAAGGAAAAUACGGGUGAUUUAAUACUCUAUUAAGUAGAUAGGUCUUUAAGGCUUAAAACAAAUUGAAUAAGUAGAUUGUUGCCUUAAAAAAAAUAAAGCAAGAGAAAGAGGCCAAUGGAGUAAAAUGUGUUAAAGUAAUUAGUUUCCACGAACGGCAAUGAGAGAAAUUCAUUUGCUUUCAUCAAUAAAGCAUGAAAAUAUAGUGAGUUUUCAAGAAGUUGUUGUUUAAUCUAGUAAGGAAAAAGCAGUAAUUAUGUAUAGAGAACACUUAUUUGGUCUUGGAAUACAUGGACACAGACUUGCAUAAUCUUUUGUAGAGGCGAAUAGUAUUUAAUUUAGAUUAAGUUCGAUGUUUGAUGUAUUAAAUACUUGAUGCUCUUUCUUAUCUACAUUCUAGGAAUGUAUACCAUAGGGAUUUGAAGCGUAUCCACAACUAUAUUUUAAAGCUAAUAACAUACUAUAUAACGAUAAGGGAUAAGUAAAGAUUUGCGAUUUU